AUGGGGGUGAACGCCGUACACUGGUUCCGCAAGGGGCUGCGGCUCCACGACAACCCGGCGCUACGGGAAUGCAUCCAGGGCGCCGACACGGUGCGCUGCGUCUACAUCCUGGACCCCUGGUUCGCCGGCUCCUCCAACGUGGGCAUCAACAGGUGGCGAUUCCUGCUUCAAUGUCUUGAGGAUCUUGACGCCAAUCUACGGAAACUGAAUUCACGCUUGUUUGUUAUCCGUGGACAGCCAGCAGAUGUUUUCCCCAGGCUUUUUAAGGAAUGGAACAUUGCAAAGCUUUCUAUUGAAUAUGAUUCUGAACCAUUUGGGAAGGAAAGAGAUGCAGCUAUCAAGAAGCUGGCCAGUGAAGCUGGAGUGGAGGUCAUUGUUCGGAUUUCACAUACAUUGUAUGACCUAGACAAAAUAAUAGAAUUAAAUGGAGGACAGCCUCCUCUUACUUACAAGCGAUUUCAGACCCUAAUUAGUAGAAUGGAACCCCUGGAGAUGCCUGUGGAGACUAUAACCCCAGAAGUAAUGAAAAAAUGUACUACUCCAGUUUCUGAUGACCAUGAUGAGAAAUACGGUGUGCCAUCACUUGAAGAGCUGGGUUUUGACACAGAUGGUCUGCCUUCUGCAGUAUGGCCAGGGGGAGAAACAGAAGCUCUCACACGCUUAGAAAGACAUUUAGAACGAAAGGCUUGGGUAGCAAACUUUGAAAGACCACGGAUGAAUGCAAAUUCCCUUUUGGCAAGCCCUACGGGACUUAGUCCUUACCUCCGCUUUGGCUGUUUGUCCUGUCGGCUCUUUUAUUUCAAGUUAACGGAUCUGUACAAAAAGGUAAAAAAGAACAGCUCCCCUCCCCUCUCCCUCUAUGGCCAGCUGUUAUGGCGUGAAUUUUUCUACACAGCGGCGACUAACAAUCCACGGUUUGAUAAAAUGGAGGGGAAUCCUAUCUGUGUUCAAAUUCCAUGGGAUAAGAAUCCUGAGGCUUUGGCCAAAUGGGCAGAAGGCAGGACAGGUUUUCCUUGGAUUGAUGCAAUUAUGACACAACUUCGUCAGGAAGGUUGGAUUCACCAUUUAGCCCGGCAUGCUGUAGCAUGCUUUUUGACUCGAGGUGACCUCUGGAUUAGCUGGGAAGAAGGAAUGAAGGUCUUUGAAGAACUGUUACUUGAUGCAGAUUGGAGUGUGAAUGCUGGAAGCUGGAUGUGGCUAUCCUGUAGUUCCUUCUUUCAACAGUUUUUUCACUGCUACUGCCCGGUGGGUUUUGGCAGAAGAACUGACCCAAAUGGGGAUUAUAUCAGACGUUAUUUGCCAGUACUUAGAGGUUUCCCUGCAAAAUACAUCUAUGAUCCUUGGAAUGCCCCAGAGAGCAUCCAGAAGGCUGCAAAAUGUAUUAUAGGAGUUAAUUAUCCCAAACCAAUGGUAAACCAUGCAGAGGCAAGCCGUCUGAAUAUUGAGAGGAUGAAACAGAUCUACCAGCAGCUUUCACGAUACAGAGGACUGGGUCUUCUUGCAACUGUGCCUUCUAAUCCAAAUGGAAAUGGAAAUGGUGGCCUAAUGGGCUAUUCACCAGGAGAAAGCAUUUCUGGUUGUGGUAGUACAGGAGGAGCUCAGCUGGGAGCUGGUGAUGGUCAUUCUGUUGUUCAGCCAUGUGCCCUGGGAGACUCUCAUACAGGAACAAGUGGAAUUCAGCAGCAAGGUUACUGUCAAGCAAGUAGUAUCUUACACUAUGCUCAUGGAGACAAUCAGCAAUCACACGUAUUGCAAGCAGGAAGAACGGCCCUUGGUACUGGCAUUAGUGCAGGGAAACGCCCAAAUCCAGAAGAAGAAACUCAGAGCGUUGGACCAAAAGUCCAGCGACAGAGCACAAAUUAAACUGGUAAGAUCUGAGGCACCUUAAAGUUAUCCAAGUUCUGUACAAAUUUUGUGUCUGUGAUAACAUUCAUGUCACUGCAGUGCAAAGGAUCCUAAACUAUUGCUGUAAAUAUCUAUUUUCUGGGGACUCUGCAAACAGACAGUAUGAAAUCUUGGCUGUAAGAGGUUUUGUGAAUUAGGAGAUAGGAAGUAGUUGCAAAAAUAGAGCCAGACUGAAGAUUAUCAGACACAGAUCCAGGUAUUAAUGAAAGGAAGAUGGAUAAACUGUGGUUUUAAUACAUUAGCAGAGCUGCUUAAGUAGCUUCAGUUACUCUCUGCUCCUACAUCUCACCUUAAGUUGUGCCAGUAGCAUUGUUUGUUGUGAAUGUGUGGUGACCUCAACCAGGAGACUAUGUCAACUUAAAAGGAAGAGCUCAGGGCCUCGAUUAGUUUAGGUACAUAAGUGGACUAAGCAGAACAUGUUUCAGAGCGGGACUUCCAGAAACCUGCAAAAUGCUAUGUGGUUCUUGAGUGUGAAGAUGUAGGGACCAAUAAGAUUUGAAGACGUGAGCCUUUAUUAUUGGUCUGUAAUUGAAGCAGGUUACUCAGACUCCCCAGGUUUGUCAAGCUGUGGUGAAAGACUUGAAUUUGGAGAAGGCAUUGUAGAUGAAUGCACACAAACAAGUGUGAAAAUGUGGAGAGAGAAGCAGAAAACUGGAGAAGGAGUUUUGUAUAUGUAAAAUCAUCAACAUAGAGAAGAUAAGCCCAUCGUAGUUUCUGGAUAAAGUUAGGAAUAAGACAGAGGAAAGAGAAGGCCAAAAUUGCUAUACCUCUUCCCCCAAUAAGCUUGAUUUGAGAGCAACAAAGAAGAUGACCUGAAAAGAAUUAAAUGAAAAAGUAAUUACUAAGGACGAAAGCCAAAUAAUGGAGGACUGAAACAAGAGGGGACAGGAUUUCAAGACUGGGAGUGCGGCUGCAAAGGUUAAAGGUGAUUGAGAUAUUUAAGAAAAACAAAGUGGAGCAUUGGUCGUUACGAAAUUUGAAGAAUAAGUAAGAAUAGCACAACAAGCGAGAUAAUAGCACAUGGAGAGACAUUGUUGGAACUGGAAAACAGGGAUUCCAUACAACAAGUGAAGAUACAUUCAUCAUCUCUAGAGAUAAAAAGGGAAAUUCAGUCUACUUCAUUUGAUUUUGACAGCAAGAUCUAAUUUUGCUUGUUAUACAGUGGCGGCACUUUGUCAAAGUUACUGCAGUGCAUUAGGAACAAUUGUGUCAUACUGAUUUGAUUCAGUGCAGAACCACAGCAUUGUUUCCACAAUGCUGUCAAUUGAGGAAGUGAGCUGAGACCUUAGUGAGUGAUCCAUCUGCUAUUUUCUCACAUACUGGAAGCCCUGUGAACUGCUUCUGUGUUCUCAAACUGAUUUCUGUUACUUGGAUGGGCCUGAGUGGAACAAUGCCAAGAGAGUCUGUGUUUCAGUAGCUGUCUAAUCCUUAGUAUGUGUAGAUUCAUUCUGCAUCCAUGUUUUGUAUUGCAGAAUUCCUUAGGUGCUCGUGUCUGUGUAGAAGAAGUACCUGCAGAGAGAACGUCUGGUUCCUGUUUAAGCUCUUUUUCAAUUGAGAGACAGGUUGGAGGGGUUUUUAGUUUGGCAGAGAAGAUGAUUUUGUUAGGGGUGUUCAAAGCAUGCUGCAAAAGCAUUAUAGUAAAUACAAACAUCAACUGAGAUCAUACUCAAAACCACUGCUGGCAAAAGGUUGUGCACUUCUGAAUAGCACUCAAGUAGAGUACAGAGGCUUUUGUUGGGUUUUUCUUAUUUUGUUUCCUUCUCCUUUUAGCCUCUAAGGUGAGAAAUAAGAAUUCUGAGUAUUUGGGCCAAUACAGAUUGGGACAGGGCUUCCUGCGUUGAGAAGGGGGGAAACAAUAUUGGUCCCUUGAAUUACUUCUGGCUUCAAAGACUCACAUCAAACUGCUUAAGAAUAAAUUUUUUUUCUUUUUUUCUUGCAGCUUAAUUGGAAGAGAAGUUUGUCACUCAAAGAACACAUGGGACAAAAUUCCUGCUACUGUGUAUUGGAACUAAAGUGUUGUGAGAGUUCAUGUUCUAAAAUUACAUACUUUUUCAUAAAUUAUUUUCAAUUGUUCUCAGUUGUUGUAAACAAGUCCAAUUUUUGGAAUGCAUUAUUUCUAACUGGCAUUUCUAUGGUUUUUAACUUUUUAAUGACUCUUUCACAAAGGGCAAAUUGAGUUUUGUAUAUAAAGUAUUUGGUGAAGAAUUUGCUAACUUAUUGUAAAUAUAAAUAUUCAUGAUUAGUGAUAGACCCAUCAAUAUAUUUUUGAUAAUCUUUCAUGUAUAUGGUAGUAGGAAAAGCUAUAGUGCUGUUCUGAAAAACAGAUGAAAAUAGAAAGUUUGGAAGCUUUAAAAUUGUUAUUAUUUUUAGAUUCCGUACCUGAGCUCUGUAUGAUCAACUUCAUAUUUUCAUAAUGUAAGUGCUUACGACUGUGUUUAAUCAAAUACAGUAGAGUUGUAACCAUAAUUAAUCACAUCUGUAUAUAAAACACAUGCCAAUCGUAGUCAAGUUGUAAAAUUUUCAUGUAUAUGUCCAGUCCUUGUAUUUCUCAGUUGCCUUGUUCAGUAAUGACAUACCUUGUUAAUAAAAGAAAAUUGUAUAUAUAGACAACUA